AUCACAACAAAUAAAAUUGUCUUCUGUCUUGUCUGAAAUUGUUGGUCGCCAUUUCACUGCUGAAGCUCCCAAAUGUCAACGGCCAUGGCGGCUUCAUCUCUUUCAGCAUCCUCCACCGCCGUCCCGUUCAAAAUAACCAGUAGUUCUUCUCUUCUAUCUCCUUUCUCUUUCUCCUUUCCUCGCAAACACCACACCCACGUUCCCAGCCUCAGACUAUCACCAACCGCCUCAGCCGCAGUUUCAGCUUCUGGGGCUGCAACUCCCACAACCGCCAUUGAAAUCGACCAGUCCCCUGUCUCCACCAAACCCUCCAAGGCUCUUCCCUUUCGGGUCGGGCACGGUUUUGACCUCCAUCGGUUGGAACCCGGUUACCCCUUAAUCAUCGGUGGGAUUAACAUACCCCAUGAUAGAGGUUGCGAGGCUCAUUCUGAUGGGGAUGUUCUGCUUCACUGUGUGGUUGAUGCGAUUUUGGGGGCGUUGGGUCUUCCUGAUAUUGGGCAGAUUUUUCCGGAUUCGGAUCCUAAGUGGAAGGGUUGUGACUCUUCUGUCUUCAUCAAAGAAUCUGUGAGGCUUAUGCAUGAGGCAGGUUAUGAUAUUGGGAAUUUAGAUGCUACAUUGAUACUUCAGAGGCCAAAACUAAGCCCACACAAGGAUGUUAUCAAGGCCAACUUAUCUGCACUGCUUGGAGUUGACCCUUCUGUGGUAAAUAUCAAAGCAAAAACUCAUGAAAAGGUAGACAGCCUUGGAGAAAAUAGAAGUAUAGCGGCUCAUACAGUGGUUCUUCUAAUGAAGAAAUGAACAGAGAAUCUGGAAAUAUACUGAAGAGCAUUAAAGAAUUGUAAUCCGUAAAAAUACUGUAAAUUUUAUAAAUUAUGCUUUAUUGGCUAAUAGUGUACUGUUUAAUGUUUAUACAGAUAUUAUAGAUCUCCCUGGUUGUUAAUUUUUGGUUUAACGAUUCACUGGCAAUUCGCUCAGAA